AUGGGCAAUCACACCAAAGUCGUCGACGGCGUCGUCGUCACCAACACUGACGUUCCACCUCCCAGAGACUGGACCAAUGUAUAUGAAGACAUUGGCGGGGAUAUGCGUUGGAAUGAAGAUAUGGAAGAGAUGGUUAAAGCCCGGGGCAUCGAUGGCGAUGUCCAGCCUUUCUACGGCACAUGUUCCUAUACGGGUGAGACCCUUUUCUUAAUGCAGGUUGGCGGCAAGGGCUUCUUCUUCUAUAAUGCCCUCGAAGAUUCUAUGUACUAUGUGAGGGGGAAUUUGAGUCUCGAAAAGAUUGUGUCAGGCCUUGAUCAACAAGGUCUGAAUGCAUUUGACCUUGAAGAGCUCUGA